AAGGCCGUUCACACACGUAUGGAAUCCAAAUACACCUUCCAGCCAACCAUCUUCCAAAUCCUACUCCGCGUAAUUACCAACCGGGAAAAAUAAACAUCACAAAAAAAUCUUCAAAAAGUGGAAUGAGAUUUUGCCGAUUCAUAUCUCCCAAAGAGUCCUAUCACUGCCACCUGCAAUUUUCUUCUUCACUCUCUCACACUCUCACUUCUUUUCCUACAUUUCUCCUCCUUGCAGACUCUCUGCGUUUACUUUCUUCACAGACCCCAGACCAUAAAUACUAACUACAUGUUCGAUGCCUCUCUUUAAAUGCAUUUGCAUCUGAUUCUCACAUUUUUAAUCAGAGUAGAAGUAGAAGAUGUCCGAUAGCAAAAGUGGGUACAUGAGCGACCAGCUCUCCAAACCCACCUCAAUCUUUGGCUUUCGCUUGUGGGUUGUUGUUGGGGUUUGCGUUGGAGCUGCUUUUGUGCUGCUUCUCUUCUUCAUAACUCUUUGGUUGGCCACCAAGCGCUCCAAGAACAAAUCUUCUAACAAAUCCACAAUCCCGAUUGUAUCCAAAGAGAUCCAAGAAGUCAGAGUCGACCAUGUCCGUACCAACAAUCACCACCAUUUCGACAUGGUCAACAAGCAGAGUAGGACCCAAAUCGAGGCAGACCCAUUUCCUGAGCCCGACCCAGUUCCUGGUAUUGAACGUCAAGCUUUGCUUCCACCUCCGGAAGAUGAGAGCCCAAUUGGGUACCACAGAAUCAAUAUCGAAAUUGGAAAGGACCAUAUGAUUUCUUACCCAGAACGAUUUGUUAGGUCUUCUUCACAUGAGAAUGGGGAAGCUCGCUGUGUUGAUCAGGUGGCUAUGGUGGUCCCUGAAGUUUCUCAUUUGGGCUGGGGACAUUGGUAUACUCUGAGGGAGCUUGAGGCUUCCACUAAUGGUUUCGCCGCCGAGAAUGUUAUCGGCGAAGGUGGAUACGGAAUUGUUUACCAUGGCAUAUUGGAGGACAACAGUCAGGUUGCCGUCAAGAACUUGCUCAACAAUAGGGGACAAGCUGAGAGGGAGUUUAAGGUUGAAGUUGAGGCAAUUGGACGCGUUCGCCAUAAGAAUUUAGUCAGAUUGCUUGGUUACUGUGCCGAAGGAGCUCAUAGGAUGCUUGUGUACGAGUAUGUAAAUAAUGGGAACCUCGAACAGUGGCUUCAUGGGGAUGUAGGGCCUUGCAGUCCUCUUACUUGGGAGAUCCGAAUGAACAUUAUCCUUGGAACAGCUAAAGGGUUGACUUACCUUCAUGAAGGACUGGAACCCAAAGUUGUUCAUCGUGAUGUAAAAUCUAGCAACAUUUUACUUGACAAGCAGUGGAAUCCCAAGGUUUCAGAUUUUGGCCUUGCCAAGCUCAUUGGCUCGGAGAGUAGCUACAUCACAACUCGUGUCAUGGGAACAUUUGGCUAUGUGGCUCCUGAGUAUGCAAGUACAGGUAUGCUGAAUGAAAGGAGCGAUAUAUACAGCUUUGGGAUUCUUAUCAUGGAAAUAAUUACUGGGAGAAAUCCGGUUGAUUACAAUCGACCUGCGGAAGAGGUGAACUUAGUUGAGUGGCUUAAGAAGAUGGUUGCUAACAGGAAUGCUGAGGGUGUAUUGGAUCCUAAACUACCUCAGAAACCCACCUCGAGGGCUAUGAAGCGGGCUCUUCUUGUAGCUUUGCGAUGUGUGGAUCCAAAUGCGCAGAAGCGGCCAAAAAUGGGACAUGUUGUACACAUGCUUGAAGCCGAAGAAUCCCCCUUCAAAGAUGAUCGAAGAACCGCAAAGGACAUAAGAAAUGCAACUGGUGACACUACAGACAACGGGCUGAAAGAAAAGCAACUGACAGAAUCAGGGGAUUACAGUGGGAAUGGAAAUGGGAUACAUACUGAUGAGACAAGAUGGAGAAAUCAAGAAGAAAAGCUAAGCUUUGUUUGAAGUGGAUUGUGAAUCUUGUAAUCUAUUUAGAAGCAGCUGGUCUGCAAAUCUCAAUUUAAUAUCGAUUUAUGUGGCUUUCACAUAUAUAACAUUGAUUUUGGAACUAUGGCUUAUUCUGUAUACCAUAGUCCAUAUACUUUAUCAAAAGAAUAUCUAAUUCGGAUGUUACAGUAAAUACUAUUUAUAAGAGAAGCUCAUGGCUAUUAAAAAAGAUUGUCAAA